AUGCACUUUCCACUCCCAGAACCAGCUCCCAGUCGGAUCGCACAAGUGUACUCUCAAUUGGACGACCCGGGUGCAGCUUCACUACUCGGUAUCCCGCCCGAACUUCGCAACCAGAUCUAUGAGUACUUACUCGUAGAUCCCCGAUCUGUCACCAUCAAGGCUGAACUUGACGACGACAAUACUAUAAGCACGGUUAGUGACUUCGCGGGAAGCUCUACCAUCAUUUAUACCUGCCGUCAGAUCUACCAUGAGGCACUGGGUAUUCUUUAUGGCCAGAAUGUCUUUCGCUUCCAGUACAGCGUACAUUACCCACAAGAUUCGCUCGACCGUCACAUCGUUCGUCCUGUCGAGACGUGCACAGAAUGGGUCAGAAACAUCGGGUCCUGCCUUUCAGGGUUGUGCACUGUUAUCAUCGACAUAAGUGGGGCCGAAUUGCAAAGUAAUUUUGAGAUAGAUAUGCUGGAGGGGUUCGAAGGGGAUCUGGCGAUUCUGCAAUUACUCGACAUUAUCUGGAACGACAUCGCGAGCGAUAUAUCAAUCAAAUUCGAGCACAGCAACCGAACUACGCGGUACAUUCCGAACGCGGAUACUGAAAUAUCGAAAGUAUUGGAUGAAAAGUGCAAAGAAAUCACUAAAAUUGUGCAUGAGCUGGGAAAUAAGAAUUGUUUAGGCUUGAAAGAAACACGUCGCUUACUACGAAAAGUCUACGUAGACGAGAGUGGCAUUAGAGGGACCAUCAUAUAUCAGGGAACUGAUCAUAGAACUGAGAUCUGCCGCGAGUUUCAGUUUUUGGAGGAGACCAGGAUGUACGAACUCGUCCUUCUACUGAGUCCAUUGAGUCUGCCCGACCUACCUACCAAGGUCAUCACUGAUAUCGCUGAGCUUGCACUACCCAACCACGACGUCACAUACAACUUCGACACAGGCAUCACGCAUGGACAAGAAUUCGGCUUGCUCAACGUCAAUAGACAGAUCCGCGACAUGGUCCGCCCAUGGUUCCUUUCCAAAACUCGUUUCACCCUUAUCCUAGGUUCUGAUACUUCGCAGCCUACGAAGACACUGUAUGAAGUACUUGAACCUCGCAUCGCAGAAUCUUUCGAGGAUGUUUAUGAUUACAGCCCUCACAUGAGAUACUGUACUCCGAUUGAGGCGGUUCAUGAUUACGAAAAUGAGCCGACCAUCAUUCUGCAUUUCCCGACAUCCAACCACGUCCAGAUCAACGCAUUGGAUCUCCUGCGGACCACUACAAUCUUCCCGCCGGGUACUACAAUCAUGGUUCGCGUACGUGAUUGUAGUGACAAUGUCCAUGUCACGACACUAGGUGAAAUUCGGAGAUAUGCUCUAGUAUUCUUGGAGGAUCUCAUGGUCAAAGCAACCCCACAAUCUUAUUGGAGCACAGUCGAGUUUUGGCUCAAUGAGCAGUGCCUUCCUGUGAGAGCCACCAUCCAGGGAGAGCAUCAGGGAUCGGAGCAUGCUUGUGGGGAUGUGGUAGAUGUCUCGAAUAUGAUGGACGUUACCACUUUGCACAACGCAGUCGAGGCAAGAGAGUGGAUACCAUACGGAGAGUUAAAUGGGCUCAGAGGCAUCACUGAAUCGGCAAACUGGGGUGAUGGGACGCUUGAUGACCUUGUUAAGUGUCUUAGAUUACUACUCUUCUUGUGA